AUGGCAACAAGCAAUCGAACUUGUGAUAGAUGUGGAAAGGCUUUUGCAACUCCACAAAAGCUUCGUAGGCAUCAAAAUAGAAAGUUUCUAUGCAAGCCUGCAGCUAAACCUCAGGAUCCCACACCUGAGAUUGUACAAUUGCAACCACAACCGGAGCAAUUCCAGGAUCCCACACCUGAGAUU